CUGGGACAUGGGCAUGGGUGGCAAACACCUCUAGGGGCGAAUGUGCCGAACUGGGGCCGGGGAGAGGAGCUAGCAACGCGGGGAAAGGGUUGAUGGACUGUGUACAUGAAGAUAGACAUGCGGAGAAGACGAUCAUCCAUAGAGACUGGACGGGAGGCCCUGUUGUGUCUGGGCGGCUCCUCCUGGCAUAUCGUAUCUAUCUAUGUCCCAGCGGCGGCAUGAAGGGCGCGGCGCAAGUUGAAGGUCGCCUUCCGCCUUAAUCAGCGGUGGCGGCGGGGGCCAAUGAGAGGGCCGCAUUGACGCAUUUUCUGCGCUUUCGAGUCGCCAUUUCCCCUGCACUAAGCCCAAUCGGCCAUGUUUGCCUCCGCCUCCCGUCGUUUUUUCCUUUUCUUUUCUUCGCUUCCCGCCCGGGGCUUCCUUCUCUUUUUCUUUCUUUCUUUCUUUCUUCCUCCAUCUCAUCAUCAUCUUUCGCUCUCCUCUUUUACCUUUCCUUCCUCUUAUCUCCUCCCUAUCCCUGUCUUUGAAGGUUGUGUUACUUCCUUCAUUGUCUUCUUCCGUUUCAUUCGCUUCAUCUGUGUCUGUUUAACGCCUCUGUUUCCCUUUCCUCGGCCAAAAAACAAGUUCUCGUUAAUUUCAUCAUGUCUUCCUACGGCGGCGGCGGCGGCUACCAGCGCGAUUCGUAUCGGUAAGCUAUCCUUUGACUCCCCGGGCACUGGUCGGAUGAAAUGUCUCUUAUCAAAUCCGCCCUGUCGGUGUACUACCCGAACCAUGACUGUAUUCACCUCAAGGGUGUUGCAGUCUCGGUUGCGGUCACGCGACGCGGUCAGCCUUGAGAGAACUCCAGACUUUUGCUUGAUUAUCACUCUCUAGAAACGGUGGUGGCAGCGGUGGUGGCAGUGGCGGCUACUCCAACGGCUACUCCAACGGCGGCGGCUACGGUGGUGGUGGUGGAUACGGUGGCGGCGGCUAUGGUGGUGGCUACGGUGGCAGAGG